AUGCCAAGACCAUCUUUGGUAUCCUCGUACAGAACGAACACUUAUGAAGGCGAAGGCGGAUCAUACUUAGAAGAGGCAGAUGGACAUGAACAGACUAAUAGGAGUCCUAACCGUCGACCAAAAUCUGUCACAUUUGACAAAGAACCUCCAGAUGUUUUGCACUAUGAAAUGGUUACUCCAGAUCCAUCUGUGGAAGGCUCACCGGCAUUGGGAUAUGAUUCGGAUGAGGAUGAAGAGGAUGAAGACGAGCUGGAAUAUACUCCAGUUAUCGAGCCUGAUCAAUGGGAAAGUAUGACACCAGAGGCCGCGGCCGCAGCCUUUGAGGAGUCCUUCCGUUCGACGCCUUCGCCAAGUGCACGGCCACUCCCACCAAUUCCAGGACCUAAUUCCCGAAGAGAUAGUAGCAGUCCCUCCGGAAGCCGACCUCUACCUAGCAUUCCGGUGACCAAGGCCGAUUUAGAGAAUUUAGAAAAGGUACCACUGGAGGAACGGGUAAGACUAAUGAUGCAGGAGGAUUUGGAUGAAAAUGAUCAUUCAUCUCGACGACGCUCCACUGAGUCCACCCAAGAACAUGACGGCGAAGAAUCUGGCGGUUUAGGUAUCAUGUUGGACAAUAUGUCCCUAGACGGUAGAGAGCGAGAAAGCGAGGAAGAGGAGAUGGGAAAUGGGAAGCACGAGGCAUCCCAUGAAAGAAUGAGCCCGGCACAGAUAGAGGAAGGUGAUAUCUCGGAUAAAGAAGAGACUUCGCCAAAUUCGAAUAGAGAACCCGAGGAGGAAAAUAGUUCUUCGAGUCAGUUCGAGUCAACUUCCGAAUACGAGCCUCCUCCACGUUUAUCACGGGAAUCAAUUAGGCGCCAGGUUGAAGCACGCCGUGAAAAUUCAAUCGAUUCACAGCAACUGGAUGAGGAAGGUUACACCACGGAGAGCUCUUACACAUAUGAUCAAGAUGUUUCAGCAGACGAAAUAGAAUCUCAUAUCAAGCAAGAACAGUCUGAUGACGAAUCGGUCGAUAUCUAUGCAAUCCCUGAAAUGUAUCAUGUUCCAGAGCGUCCGGCCUCACGCUUCAAUACUCGAUCACCAGAUCCAUCGCAGAUAACUGAGUCAGAAGCUUCACGAUACGAUGAUGAUAAUGAAUCCAGAUACAGUGAAUUUGAAGACGAUGAUAGUUCUGUGUUGGCCACCCCUGUCAUCCCCUCGAGAGAAGAGUCUACUCCUACCCCGACAAACUUCGAGACAGCAAUAGCUAUCGAAAAGGUAGAGCAUGGGGCUGUAGAUAAACAGGUUUUAAAUGAAGGACUGGUAAGUGAAAACAUAGAAGCCAGAACUUCACCUGAGAACCCUAGGAUGAGCCUUCCAGAGUUUGGAACAAUGUUCGAAAGCGAUGAUGGUCUCGGGCUUAGCUCAUACAUGACCCCUUCUCCGCCUUUACCACCUGUUGAUGCACCUACGCCGGAACCAUUGGAGCUUACGCCAUCCAAUCAUGUUGUUCAUGAGCAAUCAACACAGCGAAUCGAGUCCCCCAAAGAUCAAGUCGAGCAUGAUUUAGACGAAUCUGUUUAUGAUGAGGAAGAGGAUACUGGGUCGGUCAUCAGGCAUAAGAUUUAUGACUCUGAUAUUGAGGAGGAUGAUGAGGAUUAUAAUAGCGGGGAAGAGAUAGAUGAUGGAGAGCUCAGCGAUACCGGUACCAUCCAAGCGACUAGAUCGCCUUCACCAGUCGCAGAGUCAAUUGCAACGAUCAGAGUACCAAGUGGGAAGUUGAAGACGAGGGCAAGCGCAACACCAGCUGAUAUGGCGGCGAUGGCUGCAGCCCGUAGACACAUCAGCGGAGAACACAGGGCUCCGCCACCAGUCCCCCGAAUUCCAGACGGGUUUGACAAUGAUGACUUGAGCGACGACGAGGAAGAAAUUGCGGCUGCCAGUUCAGAUUCGGAAAUAUCUAAGAGAAAGGUCUCCGACAAGCAGAGGAAGUCUAUCGGCCUCCCAGCACUUGGUGAUAUUGAGUUUGAUUUCAAGGUAGAUGAUCUCACAGAGGAGUUUGAUCGUGUUAUUGAGACACAAAAGAGGGGAUACCUUAUGCGCCAGAACACACGCAUCAUUCAUGCGUCUAGUCGGGAUCCCGAAGAGGAUGAAGCAGAGCCUGCCCCUCGUCCUGGUCACUCACGCACUCAAUCUUGGUCUGUAGAGCCGUGGAGAAACUCCACACGGAGAAAGAGUCAACGUGACUCAAUUGGUGCCACCAGUACAUCUCCAAGAAAACGGCCAUCAAAUGUCCCACCAAUUCCUCUACCAGAUAAGAAUGGAAACGUAUUGCCCAUUGUGGAUGAGAAUGAGGCAGCUAGUACGGAUUCGCAGGCCGAGGAUGGUGCAGAGAGGGGUAGAUUAUUUGUUAAAGUUCUUGGCGUCAAGGACUUAACUCUCCCGCUGCCUCAAGGUCAACCAACAUAUUUUUGCCUGACAUUGGAUAAUGGACUCCACUGUGUGACAACAUCGUGGUUAGAAUUGGGCAAGAACGCGCCAAUCGGCCAAGAAUUCGAGUUGGUUGUUUUAAAUGACCUCGAAUUCCAGCUCACUCUUCAAACAAAGUUGGAGCAACCACCGCCUGCCCCACCUAAAGCAGUAGUUAAGGCUCUUCCACCCAAGCCAAAACAAUCUACUUUUAGCAGAGUUUUUACCACCCCUAAGAAACGAAAACAACUAGAGCAGCAAAUGCAGCAAAUGCAACAACUAGAGCAGCAGCAAAUGCAGCAGCAGAGGCAAGAAACGCCACCUCCUGCUACUGCAUGGGAUCUCCUUCACGGUUUAGUUGCACGAGAUGGCUCGUUUGCUCGUUCGUAUGUCUGUCUUACAGAUUUUGAGACUAGGGCAUAUGGACGGCCAUUCACCACGGAUAUCAAUUGCUUCAACGAGUGGGCGGUGGAUACUGCUAGUGUGAAGAGCAAGAAAGGCUUGCAAGGUGCUCUGCAGCCUGCCAGGAAAGCACCUUACAAAAUCGGGAAAUUAGAAGUCCAACUCCUAUUCGUCCCAAAGCCCCCAGGGGCCUCGGAGAAGGAUCUUCCAAAAAGUAUGAACGCUGCUAUUCGUGAGUUGCGCGACGCCGAAGCUACUAUGAAUAAGACCUGGGAGGGCACUCUGUCUCAGCAAGGGGGCGAUUGUCCUUACUGGCGCCGAAGAUAUUUCAAACUUGUUGGCCCAAGGCUGACCGCAUAUCAUGAAGCAACACGCCAGCCUCGUGCCACUAUCAACCUUAGCAAGGCAUCAAGGCUCAUCAAUGACAGGAAUACCCUUCUUGAUCCAAACGUUAACGGUCCUGGGAAGUCCCGUCGCAAAUCUGGAUUCUCUGAAGACGAGGAGGGCUACAUGUUUGUUGAGGAGGGUUUUCGUAUUCGCUUCGCCAACGGCGAAGUAAUCGAUUUUUAUGCAGAUUCUGCAGAAGAUAAAGAAGGGUGGGUCAAAGUCCUCAGCGAGACCAUAGGUCGCAUCCCCGACAAGCGUGGUUGGUGCGACAUGGUUAUAUCCAAGGAAUCCAAAGAGAGGGCAGAGAAGGAAAAGACACAGGCAGCUGUAGCUCGAGUUAAGGCGCAAACUCAGAUGCGCCAAACACCACCGAUGCCACAACAGUCAAGACCUCAACCUGCUCAGCCCCCAAGAUCAAACCGUCGACCCCCACCUGCACACCUAUACCGAUAG